AUCCUCAGCGUGCUCCAUCCCGACAGCAUCAUUCCACGGCUCGGCAGAGCAGCGAGCCUCCGGGCACCAGCCCCUCUGCUCCGCGGAAAAGGGAGGACAACGGCAGGCAGACGAACGUGGUGGACAAGGGCAGAAGAGGAGCUGUGAGGAGAAGGAAUUUCUAAUGAGGGGAGUUUGCUGGUACCUUGAAAACUGAGGAUCCAGAGGGAAGAGAAAAAUCGCCACCUGAUCUCAAUGCCAAGGCAGCACCCAGUGACGGAGGGUCUGUUCUGCCCGAGACCUUGUACUAAGGAGACUUCAGGGAGCUUAUGAUCUGCUAGAUGGCAAAAGACAAAAAGCAACUAUUUCAAAGUAUAAAGACCUGAUGAAGUCCUCCGAUAUCGAUCAGGAUUUAUUUACAGACAGUUACUGCAAGGUGUGCAGUGCACAACUGAUAUCCGGAUCUCAGCGCGUGGCCCACUACGAGAGUCGAAAACAUGCAAGCAAAGUCCGAUUGUAUUACAUGCUUCACCCAAGGGACGGUGGGUGUCCUGCCAAGAGGCUCCGGUCAGAAAAUGGAAGCGAUGCUGAUAUGGUGGAUAAGAACAAAUGUUGCACACUCUGUAACAUGUCUUUUACCUCAGCGGUGGUGGCUGACUCACAUUAUCAAGGCAAAAUCCAUGCCAAAAGGUUAAAACUGUUGCUAGGAGAGACGACGCCAUUAAAGCCCACAGCAACACCCCUGAGUUCACUCACGCCGCCGAGGGUGGACACUGCUCCAGUGGUCGCGUCUCCCUAUCAAAGAAGAGAUUCAGACAGAUACUGUGGGCUCUGUGCAGCCUGGUUUAAUAAUCCUCUGAUGGCCCAGCAACAUUACGAUGGCAAGAAACACAAAAAGAAUGCGGCGCGAGUUGCUUUAUUAGAACAACUUGGGACGACUCUGGACAUGGGGGAGCUAAGAGGUCUGAGGCGCAAUUACAGAUGUACCAUCUGCAGUGUCUCUCUAAACUCAAUAGAACAGUAUCAUGCCCACCUGAAAGGAUCGAAACACCAGACCAACCUGAAGAAUAAGUAGUGAAAACAUCAAUCAAGAAAUUAGAAAAAAAUGUCAGAAUUUCUCUGCCGUGGAGAACUACUUAUCAACCACCAAAGGAGGAUUCUUUCUUGAACAAUGAACAUUUCUUAUGAGGAUUCACAGAUUAACAUAUGACUAAUCUUAGUUUUGAAGAGUGAAUGAGCUUUCUUUCUUUUUUUAAUUUUGUGGUAAGUUAUGAUAUUUGGAUGGAUUUUUAAAUUCUUUCCUGAUAAUAUAUUUAGCACAUGUUCUGAAUUGUAAUCCUAUAGCAAACAGUGGGAGCAUCAUUCAACCUUAAAGAUAGUGGAAAAAUCUAAAUUUCCAAUUUAUUCUAGAUUUCUUCAACAUAUACUUAUUCUAUUAAAUCCUUGAUAUUUGAGAUGUAAACCACUUCUAUCAAGAAAUAAACAUUAUUUUUUCAUUAUAUUGAACCUGAUUGGUGGCAACAUGCACAGAACCAGAACGAAUCACUAUUCGCAGAAGAUAUAUAAUGGACACAGACACUCGUCCUUCUCAUUUCACCUUCAAAAAUGUGAGCGAGGUUUGCCAUCUGAACAAGGAGCAUGAAGAGGGUGAAUAAAGGAAGAAUCCUCCUCCUUUUUUUCUGAUCAUUCAAAGAACAGUUUCUCAAGGUUAAGCCAAGUCCUCUUUGCAAGCUGCCUAAAUAAUUGCUUAGGAAAAGAAUUAGUUUGCCUGCAUGAUGAUCCUUUUAGGCAAAAAUGUCUUAGCAGCAGUUGACCUUGAUGAAAUGUUUUCCCAAAGGCAUCCAAAAGAAGAAUUAUAAACCCCAGAAUGAGAGAGAAAGAAAUGAAUAUUUCUUAUGAAGUUGGCCUGAAUUGUGAGCUUUAAUGUGGGGUACUGACGAAUGGAAAGAAGUGAGUCAAUUCUGAAGAAAUGACAGCCUUGGGUAUGGUGAGGAAUUGCUAUUUCUCUGUUUCUCACUGGAGUCCUCUUGCUGAGCCAAGAUUCAGUCACUUCGGAAAGAACACCACUGGCCAAUAUGGCAGACUGGAAAACUGUUGCUCUCUGAUGGGGCACGUCUCUGAGUGUAACUCAUAAAGCUCUUUCUCUGGGUUUAAUUCUCCGUCGUGGCUGGAUCUGGUGUCCUGCAGACGGGCUGCAAAGCUGGAUAUUUACCUUCUAUUCAUGAUGCUGCUCAGUGCUCUGGCUGGGGUUGCCUUUUGUGCGUUGUGACCACAGGCAGUUGAUCUCCUGGUGUCAGGAUUUUCUGGAUGUCUGUUGUUUUUCCAGAGAGAGCUAAGGUGGUUACAACUCAGCAAUAAAUGAAAUGACUUAGAAAUGCACAGUGUUGUUAUUCAGGUGUUUGAAAUUUGGCACCAUUCCCAUGAGGAGGGCCCGCUCAGGAGGGACCAGGGUUGCCCAUUUCUGUGCCUGCAGAAGCACAGAGAGAAGCAGCCACACCAGCCACGUGCUGUCCCGUGGGAAGGAAGAAGGGUUUGAUGGGAAGCAAUCUAUUUUGCUAUUUUUGAAAGCACACAACUGAGCUACAAACCUCCAUUGAUGAACUUUUCUUCGAUUGUGUAAAAUAAGGCUUUAUUUGUCAAUUCUGCUGUAAAAUAAGCACUAUCCAAGUAAAAAGAAAGAAGAAAAAUGUCCUUGUUUCUGUUUGUGUUUAGUGAGCACAUACUCUCAAGUGUUUCUUGUUUUUUUUUUAAUAACCUGAUAUAGACGAGCCUAUGAACAUAGAUCUCUUUUGCUUUACAGAGAAGCUACACCAAACCCUGUACAGAGAAGCUUCCAGAUACAAUAAUCAGAUUAUUUCAGAAUUCCGCAUCUAAAUACCAUUACCUCUUGGCAAUCUGUCAAGUGAAAGUGAACACCCUGCCAGAGGUUUUCUUUGUUUGUUUCCAAAUUUCUUUCUUUAUUUUUGCCCAUGCAGAUAAAUGAAAGUAUCAUUCCAGUGUACUUGGAGGUGACAUAGUCAGCUUUAAACAAGAAGAACCUAUGAAUCUUAUUGAUAUUAGGAAGUCUUAAAUGGAAACAUCCCUGCUUGG